CUCAACCAGACCAGUACAAAUCCGACGUCAGAACGCGUGGUCGCUAUGCGAGCCAAAACGAACGCUAUCGAAAAAAAAAACGAACCCAAAAACGUCUCAUAACAAAAUCUCUAGUUCGGUUUUUCCGUAUACAAAACAAAAAACUGACACUGAUUAUGUUUAUUCGUCUUGUGCCCAACGAAAUGUGGUUUUAGUGUGCAUGCACUCUGUGUGUCCUGUGUUUUUAUGUGUCCAAAGCACGAAGGCUUCUUGAAAGCUCAGGAUUUAAACUUAAAAACAGAUUGAAAAAUGAGGUGUUUAUUGUUAAUAAGCGCGCUGCUCGCGACCGCGCGUUCCAAGCAAAUCCCGCUAACAGAUUUACCGGGAACGACGGUAGCUGCGGUAUCCGAGUCAGAUACCACGUCGUGGCCGGGCGCCGUCGCUGCCCUGGACUCUCUCACCGUCGCCUGCGAGAAAGACAGCAUGCAAGUCACCAUUACACUGGCGAAACGGGACCCCGAAAUCAAUAGCAUCUACGACAUAUUCAAUGGGAUCGUCUACCCUGCUGGACUUGGGAGCAAUUCGAGCUGUCUCCGAGAAUACGUGGCAGAGCGGGGAGACCUACAGUACACCGUGCCUUUGAAGGGCUGCAAUACCAUGUCCACUGAUAACGACGACGGCACAGUUGAGUACUACAACAACAUCAUAGUUCAGCCGCACUUGAAGCUGGUGACCGGCCAGGGUCGAGGCUACCACGUGAGGUGCAGGUACCGGCGCCGCGACCUCACACAUUUCCACGUGUACCGACCGAGGGCCCACGCCGACAGACUCACCAAUUCACUAUCCGAUGAUUUUAAUGACAACGAGGAGUUUGACGAGGAUUCAGGAUUGUUGCCGUCUGCCACGAUGAAGAUAUAUAAGGGUGACCCUAAAAAUAAAGAGGAGGCAUCAAACGUGAAGAUCGGCGACACAUUGACCCUGGUCGUGGCGCUGGAGAAACAGCGGCGGUUCGGUUUGCUGGUCUCCGAGUGUUCUGUUAAGGAUGGACUGGGCUGGUCGGAGCAGACCCUCAUCGCUGAUAAUGGAUGUCCAUUAGACGCUGAGAUAAUGGGCAUGUUCCAAUACUCGAGCGACAAGCAAGAGGCGCAUGUGGCGUACCCCGCGCAUAAGUUCCCGUACACAGCCAGCGUGUACUACACGUGUGCCGUCAAGUUGUGCGACCUGCAGCACCCGACGGACUGCGAACCUUGCAAGAUAAAGGAAAGGAGCCGCCGCGACACAGACGACGAAGGCUCCCCAGCGACAGUGGAACUCUUCUCCGGCUUAUAUGUCAACGAGCCAGAUUCGCUUGACAACGACGACGUUAUCAGCGAAAAGAAAGAGGACGAGAUAUGUAUUUCGCAACGUAAUUUCGCCAUCGGCAUAUGCAUAGCCGGCGUUAUUCUGAUGGUGUGCGUCAUAGCGGCUAUCGCCUUCAUACUGGCUCGACGAAGGAAUCCGAAGGCGUACUCGCGGACUGGCAGCUCCCUGUACAGCGGCCCUUACACUAACACCGGCUAUUCACACACAAGCUAAAACAUCGGACGAACACUGGCCGUAAAAAAAAAAGACGCGGCCAUCAAAAUAGUCAUUAACUGUCGUAUCGAUUUAUAAAUCGAUAAUCGAUUGGUUUACUUUUUUUUUUUGUGUGAAAAGAACGUCGUUGCCGCUAAUAUUUAAAAAGUUUGUCGUCGUGAAGUUUUUGUGGGAAAGUGCCAUUUUAUUUGGAACUUAUCGGUUUUAAUACAUCGAAUUUGAUAUUAAACGAAAUAAUUGCAAUAAAACUUAAGUUUUCUAUGAGUCACGGUUGAAAACAACACAAAAGCCACUGCCGUUUAGAUGGGUUUACGUACUAAAUACAAUUCUGUUGUGUUCAUUUUCAUCACAACGAAUGAGUCAUUAUAGUAUAUUAGUGAUAGUUAUGUAAGAUUUAUAUGUGAUUAAAUUAGGUGCAUUGAAAGUAAAAUUAUAAAACAAUUACCAAUUCAGGGUACUUACUGGCCAUCAACAAUCUGACUGAUCCAGAUAAUAUAAAAGACAAAAAACAACGCCUAAUAAUAUUUAUAUAACUAAAUAUUUGUGAUAAUUUCAAAGUUAUGACUGUCCUGUAUUAAUUUCUUUAAUACGCUAUAUUAUUAUAAUUUUAAGAAAAAUAAUGGUUGCCUUGCAUUACGUAAUUGAUUAGUCUAAAACCGAUUAAUCGGAAAACAUUAUUUUUAUUUAUGUAACUUGCCCUCAUUCUGUUAAUAAUUAUGUGCACCACAAUGAUCGUGGUAAUGCACCUCCGUAAUGUGCUCAAAAUAAAUCUUAAAUACAUAAGGAUUACAGUGUAUAAUGCCCUUUGCCUCGAGCCUCGAGGACAAUAAUUAAAAAUGCGGAAUGAGGAUUUUUUUUAAGUUGCAACACUGUUUCAAUGGUGGCGGGAAAAUGUUUUCGUUCGUGCAGUUUAUCCACAGAUUAUACACUUAAUAUUGGAGAAGUUUAUCCUUUUAUGUAAUUCUAAGCACAGACACUAAGCAGUUGACGUAACUUUUCAUUGUAGAUGCCAUAUUUAAUAAGGUUUAAAUAAGUCCGUCCAUUUCGGGUGCUAUUUUUGUCUUUAGCUUAUUAUUAAGUUGCUUAUCGCUUUGAUAUACAUAUAUAUAUGUAACAACGAAUAUAUUUGUCGAUAUACGUUUCAUAACUACCCCAUUGAUUUUUUUUUAGUUUUACUGAUAACGUUUUUAAUAAGUCUUUUUGCAAUGGGGUUCUGGAACGAUAUCGUCUGUGAGUGACAGUGUAAGCGGUCCUAGUUGUUUAACAAAUAUACUGACUCGAUAAAAAAAAAAA